ACGGUAGAGCCAGCUGCCUUCUAGGUGACAGGUGAGGAACUGCCUCCCACGCUGCAGAUAUAGUAAAUUCUAUUGAUGUGUCUUCCAGUUCACUGAUCCUGUUCUGUCAAUUCAACUCUACUGUUGAACCCAUCCACUAAAUUGUGUUUCCCAAGAUUGGCCACAACAAUAACUCCCAUAUCACGUACUUUUCAUACAAUAUGUCUUUAAGACUCCCCCUAUUUAGAGAGGUCCAUUUUUGCUCCCUUUGCAUAUGGGUGAGCUUGUGGAUGACAAGGAAGUAAUGCUGUGUGACUUCUGAGGCUAGGUCUUAAAAGGUGAUACAGUUUCAAUCUAGUCCUCUUGAGAUGAUUGCUCUUGGACCCCAAUCCUCAUGCUCUGAACAAGCCCAACAUAGUCCAUGUGGAGAGACCAUAUAGAGUGGACAUGUGUAGAUAUUCCUGGCCAGCAACAUAUUUGAAAGCAGCAUCAGUCAUCAGACAUGUGAAUAAAGGUACUUCUAGAGGAUUCAGAGGACUCUCACCCCCAGUGAACAUAUCACACCCACCAGUGACCAAAGCAGAAGCAAGUAAUAAUAAUAAUAAUAAAGAAAUGGAUUCAGAAAUCGAGGAGGAAAUUCCUGUGUGUGAGGAAUUCAUUUUAUGUUGUGGAGUUGAAACCCAGGUUCUAAAAUGUGGGCCCUGGACUGACCUCAUUAACGAUCAAAGCAACAACAGGCCUAAGCUGCUUAUUUUCAUUAUUCCUGGUAACCCGGGUUUUUCUGCCUUUUACGCACCAUUUGCAAAGGCUUUGUAUUCUUCAACAAAAAGACGCUUUCCAGUUUGGGUUAUUAGUCAUGCUGGGCAUGCCUUGGCCCCCAAAGACAGGAAGAUUCUUACAACCUCAGAUGAUCCAAAUGCUCAGGAAAUUAAGGACAUCUAUGGACUCCGUGGUCAAGUAGAACACAAACUAGCUUUCCUGAGAACCCAUGUGCCAAAGGAAAUGAAGCUUGUGGUCAUUGGCCAUUCCAUAGGCUGCUAUUUUUCCCUUCAGAUUCUGAAGCAUGCCCCUGAGCUCCCAAUAAUCCGCUCCUUUCUGCUUUUUCCAACAAUUGAGCGAAUGUCUGAGUCACCUAAUGGCAAGCUCGCCACUCCCCUUUUGUGCUGGUUUCGAUAUGCUUUCUAUGUUCCUGGCUACUUACUACUUAAACCAUGGCCUGAGAAAAUCAAGUCCUUGAUGAUCAGAAUGCUUCUUCAAAGGAUGAACCUACAGAGUGAAUUUUCGUUUCUGAAUGUGUUGGAACCGUUCUGCCUUGUUAAUGCUGCCUACCUUGGGAGCCAAGAAAUGAUGGAGGUGGUGAAGAGAGACAACGAAACUAUAAAAGAACAUUUAUCUAAGCUUACAUUUUACUAUGGUACUAUAGAUGCUUGGUGCCCAAAAGAGUAUUAUGAAGACAUGAAGAAAGAUUUUCCAGAAGGAGAUAUUCGACUCUGUGAGAAAAAAAUACCUCACGAUUUUAUCCUCUAUUUUUACCAAGAAAUGGCCGACAUGGUAGCUGACUGGCUAAAGGAUGAUCUGUCCAACAUAUAAAUACUGACACAAGGAGCAAGCACUGAUAACUAAUACACAGAGGCCGUAGUUAUACUGCCUCUUAGUAGUAAGUAGUAUACUUAGUAGGUAAAUGUUUAAUUUUAAUGUUUGAUAUUAGAAGAGAAGAAAAAUGAGACCCUCUUGGUUUAAAAAUUAUCAGCUUCCAGCUCCCCAUGCUACAGACUGAAAUAAACACGGUUGAUCAAUAUUCCAUAGGAUUAACAACACAUUUUCCAAGACUCAGGGGACACAGUGAUCUAAACAGAGUCUUAUGUUUGCAUGAGAUGCCCAGUGGCACCAUACAGUUUAUUUCGGUAGACAAGGUCCUUCAGACAAAAGGAAAUCUAAAUUUAGUUGAUUUUAACUGAGUUACAGUAUAGAGAGUUUCUCUGGUAGAGAAAAUUAUGAAAGACCUACUAGAAAAUGUAAGAGACUGGUGAAUGUUAAGUGUAUAGUCAGAUAUGUGAAGCAUAUGAGAUCACGGGAAGGAUACACUCAAGUUCCAGUAGCAGGAAGUGAUGAAUAGUGAUCUUGGCAGUGGACCCGGGUCUCUCUUAAGGACAGAAGCUGAAGAUCAGCGCAGACUAACUUUGCACAGGUCUUGGCUGAAAUCAUCAGAAUCAAGCUAGAUACCAGGACAGCCUGCACACUCUGCCUGUUACUACCUUGCAGCGUGACUCAAACCACCAAAGUCAGCCUUCUGUCUGGCCACCAGCAGCACAAGCCCCAGCAGAGCCAAUGGCAGGGGAAGCACUGCUUGUCUCCUUCCCCAAGGAAUGUGACUUCCCAAUCUGCCUGCAGUGGUCAGCAAGUAAAGCUCGUCAGACAUUCCUCUGGCCAACUAACAACUAAUAAGAGUUACUGAGGGAUCCCGAGUCUACCUUCCUCCAUGGACAACCAGCAAGCUCUGGUUGUGAGCUCCCUGCAGGCUCCUCUUCUCGAGAGCCAAGAUGGGGAGGCAUUGGGUGAUCCCAGAUUAACCCUGUACCUGCCAUGUGCACCUGCUCCUUCUGUGAUUUUUUUCAGUCACACUCCACUGAUGACCAGCAAUGAGCCAAAUACUAUAAAGGCAUUGAGGACAGAUUGUUAGAUACAUUAUGAUUCUUUUCUUCUGAAAAUCUUCUAGUAAGUAAUUUUUGAAAGGGCCUCUUUAAAUUGAUAAAUAGAGAAUCACUAUACGUGAGUUCUCCAUUUCUGCAUUAGCUUUGUUAGUUGGAAAUUGUUUAACUAAUGAACCAAAACAACCUAUUACAUUAUGUGAAUUCACUCUUUCUGGACACCUUGAGGUUCAGUACAGAAGAAGCUUGUUGUCUGGCCUAGAGUGGGCUAACCGUAUUGCUUCCUUCCCUAAACGGACUCAAUCCUGGGACCUUAAAAGCCAGUAGAUCACACUGACUGCAGAGAUGGUUGAUGACAGGUAGAAACAUUCCAUUUUCUCCUAGAGGGACUCCCUCAUGGUGUUAUCGUUCCUUCAGGACAAUGGGGUUUAUCCUUCUCCAGACCUAGAGCCCCCGAUGAGAGAUUCGGCUCUGAUGUGCUGCCAGCCCAGGGGUGAGCGCUGUGUGAGUUACGAUCCGUUGGCAUGGCUUCCACAUCAGAGCAGAUGACUUCUCAGGGGAGAGGAGCCAAGCUUCAGGCACGGAGUGCUCUUGGCCCCGGAAAGGAGCCAGUAGAGGCAUAAGCCAUUGGCAGAAGGUUGCCUACAAAGUCCUUAUUGGCAGCUGUGGGGGGAGGCCUUCUAGAAAUCUGAUGUCAGGAGCUGGGUCUCAUGGCUCUGAAGUGCCUUGCAUACAGGAGAUGCUCAAUAGUACUAACCCAAAGCACUUAAGCAAGUACUGGGUAAAUCGUGCUACUGGAAUAAAGAAUAACAUGCCCAGCUUUUCUUUCGGCGUUCUUUUACAUUACUUCCUAUUUCAGGAGUCCACAUGUAUGAAAGUAUAUCUAAUAAACCAAAGUUUACCAGAGCUUAAAAAAUGAUAAGUAAAAUGAUAAAGUAAAAGAUACUGGGUCUUAUUUCCUAUUUAUCAUCUAAGCACCAAAUGAAUAUUUAAAAUAAAUAUUAUACCCGCACUUUAUAACCAUACCUGGCCGGACCUCUGUGUGUUGGGGAAGGAGGGGUACGAUCUUAGCGUCUUCCUGAGUUAGAUGGGUCAAAGUCUCUCUGUUAAAUUGAAAAGCCACUUUCUCAUGCUUCUUUUAGAGAAGGAAAAGUCAGAUUUCAGGAGAUUGAAGUUCAUUUUAUUUCAUUAGGAAUUAAACAAAAGUGUUUCUGUGCACAUGUACGAGGUGAUAAGGUAUGUGAACUCUGGAGGCCUCACCAUCUGUGUGAUUUUAGACAGCUUCAUCUAAUUUCUUCAUGCCUCGGUGUCCUCAUUUAUAAGAUAGGAUUAAUAAUAAUACGUACCUCAUAUUGUUGGAAGAAUUCGAUGGGAUGAUUAAAUAAAAGCAUUUAGCACAAAUGCCUGACCAAGAGUAUCUUCUCAAUAUAGAUUGGCUAUGGUAAUAAUUAUUAUUAUUAAAUAUCAUAAUAAUAUAAAAGACUAAAGUUGGUAAGCAGUGGAUGAAACCCAUUUUCCAGAAGCAUUUCUGCUUAUAUAUCCCAGUUAGCCACUUGGAUGGCCCUUGUCAAAGAUUUAAUAAAUUUGGGGUUAUCUAGUGCUGAGUGAAAGGCCUAAACCAGAAAUCAUGACCGGUUGUUCCCAGUCUGCUCCAGAUCAUGGGGAAGAAUCUCCAGAGGCAGCCUCUUUGGCUUUUCAUGGCAGGAUGUCCAAGGCAGCAGCCCUCUCACUAUUGGCCUCUCCACUCAACCCUUGGAGAUCCAGUGACUUUCAAAGUCUUGAUUUUUUUCUUUAUCCUACAUUAUAUUAAAAUUAAAUUUAAUUCCAGACUUGGGAAGACACAAUAACUUAAUGUAACACCUGAUUCUGGGUUGGAUAUUGUUAUAAAAAAAAUUGCUGGGACAAUUUGCAAAACUUCAUUGCAUGGGAUCUGAAGAUUAGCUGGGAAUGAGAUCAAUGUUAAUUUCCUGAUUUCAGUGGUUGUAUUGUGGAUAAGUAGGAGAAGGUUCUUAUUUGCAGUGAAGACACUGAAAUGUCUGGGAGCCGUGGGGCACUGUGUCAAUUUACUCUCAAGUAGUUCAGAGAAAAAAAAAUGUUCUUUGUACUUGUGACUUUUUUGUAAUUUUGAGAUGAUUUUGAAAUAAUGUACGCGAAUAAGUAUUUUAAAAAAACAAUGCAACCACACUCUCUCCUUCUACAUCUCUCUCUUACUGCUUUUCUUCCAGAAAGUGAAUUACUUCUUCUAGGAAGUAAAUGAAGAGUGGGGUUCAAAUCCUGGACCUGUCAUUUAUUAGGUUUGUGAUGUUCAGAGGCUUAACCUCGCAGAGCCGGCUCCUCCACUCCCCCACCGGCCCUCAUCUACAAAAGUAAAUACUUCUGUUAGCUUUUGGACUUUGGAAGGGUUUUUGCCUGUCUUUAUUGGGGUCAGAUGAGAUCUUGCGUAUAGUAUCUAGCACCUUGUCUGGUAGAUGCUC